UCGGGAUUACAGGUUGGGGCGAGUCAACAUAUCACAAUACGAACCCCGCUCCCAGGCAGCGAUCAAUCAGAACUCCAGAGUGAUGUUCAUAGAUGAUCUGAUUCAACAUCUCCGCUUGGCUUCGCACCACAGCUUGUGCUGUCCCAUAAUUAGCAACUUGUUAGCAAAACACCAAAUUGAUCUCGACUAUAAAUGCAGUCCAUCGUCAUCCUGUCAUUAAGGAUGUUUUCCCCUUUUUCCUCACCCGCCAAUCGACCAUUCAAUCGACGGUAUCACAUUCUUUUUCUUCGGUUCUUUUUGUGCUAUUUUGGCCAUCCUCUCUUUUCUUAAUUCUUUCUUUGCUUCUUUCUGCUCCCUCUGCUCUGGGCAACCCAAAGUCUCCUUUUUUCAUCUACUGUACCAGUCGAUCCCAAAGCCUGCCUGGCGCCAAGUUUCCUUUCCAAAAGCCCACGUCGCCAAGAACAAAGAUACCCGGUCAUCACCAUGCAGCUCGCAACAGUUUUCGCCGCCGCCGCUACUCUCGCCGUCUUGCCGACCGGCGUCCUCGCCGGUCCGAGAUAUAUCCCUCAUCCAGAGUGCGAAGUCACAAUCAUGAAGCCCGGGACUCCCAGUCCUCGCUCACCUUAUACGCUACCUGAAGAGUAUGACCGCGGUUAUGGGCCGGGAGAUUCCAAGACCAAAAUUUAGGUCGGCAGUUAUUUCUGCGUCGCGGAUUCCCAUUGCAUACCCAACUGCGGAAAGCUGCCGAAUAAUAACUGGUAUGCCGAUGGUGCGGAGGCGCCAAGAUGCGAAGAUGGCCUAGCAAGCAUUUAUAAUUAGGAUGGGGAUGGACAGCUGUCUCGUUUCGCAUAGACAGCAAAAUCAGCACAGAAAAAAAUAAAAUAAAAAAAGAACCGUACACACAAAA